AUGGAGCGCAACUUUCAGAUUCAAGUACAGCCGAAAGACAGAGUAAGUACUGUAAUAUCAACUAAAAAUAUAUUUUAUUUUUUUGCAUAAAAUUUUUGUGUGUUGUAUGACUUUUUUUGAUUGCCUUUUCCAGAAAUGGUUAUUUUGUUUUAAAACUUUGAAACAGUAAGUUUUUAAAGCAAUUUGUAACUACGAAUUUUUAGGUAACAUUCUCUGGAGAUUUGAGUACCGAAGUAGUUGCCAGUCUCCGUCUGACCAACAAAAGUGAUUCUCGACAAGCCUUCAAAGUCAAAUGUUCUCGGAAUGACCUGUUCAGAAUCCGACCGGCUACUGGAAUCUUAGACUUUGGACAAACUAUGGAUAUCAAGAUAACCUUCAAGUCAGUAUUUUCUUUACAAAAAAACCAACAAAUCCAUUUUUUGGUUCAAAUAUUGAGUUUUCUAUGAUUUGUGCAACAUCACGCCGGCAGCUAGCCAGCCACGUUCUAAAACUUCUGUUUUUCUCGACGUUUAAAAUAACUUACCACUUUUAGACCAAAGCCCGACUAUACUCCAAUAUCUGAGAAGCACCACGUUGGAAUAUACCACAUUCCAGCGCCAGAAGGAUCGACUUGUACUGGAGCUUGGGCCGAACACUAUGGACCGCCUCAGGGCGAAGCUCGUUUUAAGGUUUACUUCGACAAAUAA